UUAUAAACAGUUUGAUAAAAACAAUCUAGUAAAAAAUUAAAUUAAAUUUUUAAUUAUAUUAAUAUUGUGGUAUAAUAGAUAUUCUUGUGACAUAAUAGAAAAUUUUUUAUAAUUAAAAAAUAUGAUCAAUAAUUUACAACCAGAAUUUUCAUUCUGUUCCUGGUAUAAGCAAUUUAUAAAAUGUUCUUUAGUAGCUACUAUUAUACAAAUUCCUGAUGAAAUUUUGAAAUACUUGGAGUAUGAUAUGUUUUUAUUACCUUUGGAAGCUAUAAAACAUAACUCAUCUGAUAAUGAAUGGAAUGAUUCUUUGCAAAAUGAUGAGGACUCCGAGUAUCAGCCAUCAUUUCCAGAAUUUAGCAAAAGCAUACAAGAUGUAAUUGACGAAUAUGGAUCGAUAUUUGUUAAAAGUAACUGGAGCUCACCUUCUGAUGCAACAUGGGUAGCACCAACAAAGAGUCUACAGUGUAAAACUUUGGAAGAAGUAUAUUUACUGUUAAAGAGUUCGGAUAGAAUAGCAAAUGAUUUAAGCGUUCUUAAACGUUGGUCCGAUAAAGAAAAUUAUCCUAGGCCAUGCUUGGUACUGAAACAGUGGCGAGAUAUAAAUCCUUGUGCAGAGUACAGAUGUUUUGUUAUAGAUGAUGAGCUUGUUGGAAUUAGCCAGAGAGAUAUGUCACAAUAUUAUACCUAUAACGAGUUAGAAAAGUACAAUAUAAAAGCUGAUAUCGAAAAGUUAUUCACAGAACACAUUAAAGGAAAUUUUUCAUUGACUAAUUAUUCAUUUGACGUUAUACGCAAUGAAGAUAAGAAUAUAAAAAUAGUAGAUUUUGGCCCAGUGAACGAAUCUACUACAAAAGGAACUCUUUUUACUUACGAAGAAUUACAAAAUCAUAUUAAUGAUGCACCUGAAUUUAGAUUCAUUGCUCAAGAUAUUGGCAUUCAACCAACACAAACGAGACAUUUCUGCGUUCCGCAAGAAAUUAAUGAAUAUUUCCAAACAUUUAACGGAAGUUUAACGAGUGCUAUUCAAAAGGAAAUAGAAAAACAAAAUCAGGAGCAAGAUAAAGUGAUCGACGGAGAUGAAAAUACUUAAUGUAUAUACAAUUGCACUAAAAUAAGUUCUAAAUCUUGUAUAUAAAACACAAUGUUUUUGUAUUAUUCAUAACUUAAUGAUCGUUCAGUUAUCGAAAUUCAUUAAAGAAGUUGUUUUUCUUUUGUA